AUGCUCGACGGCCACCAACCACUUUUGUGGAGGCGGGUGUGCGACGCAUUCGUUCAGAUUCAACUCAACUCGGUUGAGUUCAGAUUCAACUCAACUCAGUUCAGUUCAGAUUCAACUCAACUCAGUUCAGUUCAAAUUCAGCUCAACUCAACUCAGUUCAGUUCAGAUUCAACUCAGUUCAGUUCAGAUUCAACUCAGUUCACUUCAGAUUCAACUCAACUCAACUCAGUUCAGUUCAGAUUCAACUCAUAUCAGUUCAGUUCAGAUUCAACUCAACUCAACUCAGUUCAGUUCAGAUUCAACUCAACUCAACUUAGUUCAGUUCAGAUUCAACUCAACUCAGUUCAGUACAGAUUCAACUCAACUCAGUUCAGUUCAGAUUCAUCUCAGUUAAGAUUCAACUCAACUCAGUUCAGUUCAGAUUCACCUCAGAUCAGAUCAGAUUCAACUCAACUCAGUUCAGUUCAGAUUCAACUCAACUCAGUUCAGUUCAGAUUCAUCUCAGUUCAGUUCAGAUUCAACUCAACUCAGUUCACUUCAGAUUCAUCUCAGUUCAGUUCAGAUUCAACUCAACUCAGUUCAGUUGAGAUUCAACUCAAUUCAGUUCAGUUCAGAUUCAACUCAACUCAGUUCAGUUCAUAUUCAUCUCAGUUCAGGUCAGAUUCAACUCAGUUCACUUCAGAUUCAUCUCAGUUCAGUUCAGAUUCAUCUCAUUUCAGUUCACAUUCAUCUCAGUUCAGUUCAGAUUCAUCUCAGUUCAGUUCAGAUUCAUCUCAGUUCAGUUCAGAGUCAACUCUACUCAGUUGA